AGGGAUAAGGACAGUUAUUUGAGUGUGAGGAGGCUAUUAAAAUGAGUGUGGGCGAUAUUUCUGUGGAAUCUAGAAGCAAGGCAAUGAGAAGAGGCUAGAAUGACAACUCAAGGGACAGGACAUAGGUAGUUUACAUGGAAUUCGACCCUGACCCUCUCUUUCAUCCUCCAGCCGGUAGUGAGCUGGAUUCUGCAGACAUAGAGGUCACGGACAGUCGCCUGCCUAAUCCCACCGUAUUGGAACACCGGCCUCAGCAUCAUCGGUCAGAGACCUUGGGUACGUGUACUGCACCACCACAAGUGACUCAGGUUAAGGCACGCUGUGGUUCGAAGCUGCCCGAGGCCUCUGGUCGGUUCUAUGUGGAGCUGGUUCGUGGUUCUGCAGGCUUUGGCCUCACAUUAAGUGGAGGCCGAGAUGCAGUUGGCAACGCUCCACUGGCAGUACGCCGGCUGCUGAAGGACGGGCCAGCACAACGUUGUGGUCGCUUGCAGGUCGGUGACCUCGUGCUCCACAUCAACGGAGAGUCAACUCAGGGCCUCACCCAUGACCAGGUAGUGGAGCGGAUUCGCACAGGCGGCCCCCGGCUCCGUCUCGUGCUAAGCAGGCCUCUUGGAACCCACCCAGGUGGCAGCCCAGAUUCUGGGGGACCAGAGGUGAUGAGGUCUCGUAGCGCCAGCGCUUCCCCAUUUUGGCACCCUCAAUCUACGAUGCCCAAAACAGGGGGAAACCCAGCACCUAGACCAGAGGGGUCAGCGGAUGGCCCCACGGUUCCUCCUCCUGAGCGCCGCAUGGAGGACCCAGACCACCGAACCCCGGGCUCCCCGGGACCCUGGCUGGUGCCGAGUGAGGAACGGCUUUCACGGGCACUAGGGGUCCCCGGGGCCGCGCAGCUCGCCCUGGAGACGGCAGCUGGAAGGCGGAGGCACUGAACACCGUCUGAUGGCUGGAUGCUCACUUGGUAGUGUCCCACCUGGAUCUAUCUGGUGUGCUCUGCCAGCCGCGCACUAGCAUCGCAGGCAGAACUACCACUUGGCCUAGUCCCCCCUCCUACUGCGCAGUCGACCAGCCCGUGCUCCCCUUGCGGCGUCAGUGGUACAGCCCUCCCUGACUCGCCAGCCUGCACUUCUUGUUUCGGGCGGGUGAGGUAAUAAAAUGGUCCGAUCCCGU